CGCCGGUAAAUUAAACACCAUUUUUGGUUUCGGCAUCGUCGAGCGCAGUAAGCGACGCGAAAACGAGAAGAACGCGAUUUAUAGUUCCAAUCGUAGCGGCUUCAAGAGUCAUCGCGAUGAGUCUCGUUGGGUAUUUCAGUCUGCUUUUCUCGCGGUGCAGCGGUAUACAUUAAUACGUAGAGUCGCGUAGAUGUAUAAUGUUCACUCUCUCGCUCGUGACUGUGUCGGGCUAUUAUUAGUCCUCGGUCAUCGGAGGAACUUCUACGUGCACAGGCGCGAACGCGAGCGAAGCCGCGGGAGCGACGACGACAACGGCGAGCACUGUGACGACGCAUGGAUACACGCAUGUCCGACACGCAAAAAUUGUGCCUCUCGUCGGAAAAGAACUCGUCAUCGCGUCGAGUCAUUACGCCCGGAAAUUCAUCUCUGUGCACGUGCGUGUGCAACACUUAAUUUGUGCCGCGUCGCGCCAAGUUCUGGUGUCCCGUGUCCGUGGCCCGUGCGCAGAGGAAAGGAUUUCGGUAACAUCCGUUCGUUGGACCUUGGAAAGGAUGAUUUUCGUACACUUUUCAUUAUGAGGGAUGUGAUUCCACAGAAAGGAAGUAAUAACGUAACUGCUCCAAAAUCUAAACCAUCCCUAGAAAUAUACCGACCCCCAGGUGGGAGAGCGGAAGGAACCACGGCGAACGUCACUAAUCUCCGACUAAACGUGCAUGCCAAGGAAUUCACUAUGAAGCAGAAUGAUUUGCAUUCUUCUAAGUCUCGGAAUGCAUCGGAGCGCUCCGUGUAUUAUCUGCAGCACAGCAAGUCGAGUAGUAAUGUCCAUCGAUAUCUCUACGCUCAGCAACAACAAUUACAGCAUCCUCUGCAGCAACAGCAGCAACUCCCGGUCCGCCAUUCUCAGAGCCAUCACACAACAGUGAAUUCUACGUCACGGCAGUCUCAUUUGUUAGACACAUCCGCAUCGAGCGGAAAUAUCUUGCACGCUGCAAGUAGAGUACACUUCAAUAUAGAUCAAAAUGAAGUGAAAGUUAAUUCGGCGAAACCGGGCAAGCUUACAAAAUCGCACACCUUCGUAUCCACCUAUGGCUUGAAACGUUCAAAGAGCUUGAAUUCAACGGAUGUAUUGGCUGCCAAGGCACUCAACAUUGCGGAGGCUUCCGAACUCGGAAAAUUUCCCUCGCCCGUUCAAGAUAUACUCUUGCGAGCAAUAGAUGAUCCGAAUCUCUUAAAUGCGAGGACAUUGAUGGAACUAGUGCGGCACAUCCUGAACAGGGUAGUGGAAAAUCGCAAAUAUGCCGAACCAGCAGCUAAAAUCUGCAUUACGAUUAUAGAGAAAGAAAUGAAAGAAACCUUUUUGGAAUCGUUGCUAAACACGUGCCAGCAAUGGUAUCAGGAUCGUGCUAGAUUAUUACAUGACGGAGCGACCUACCAUCGAUACUCGGCCUUUAUGACGUUUCUUAACGAGAUGUAUUGCCAGUUGAAGCGACGACAGCUGCAACUGAAGAUGCAGCAAGAGGGUGUUCCUCCCGGACGCGUGCUCCUCACGCUGCUCUGGAAAUGUUGCCAGGAUUGUCUACAACCACCCGUCAUCAACUCGCUUGCCGAGACGAAUUGCCUGUUCAUCAUCCUUACGUGCAUCGGCAAGGAUCUGGACGCAGAGCUGCCCGCGCAGUUGCAGCAGCUUCUCGGCAGCGUGCGCGACGCUUUCCUGGCGGAAGAGACGACAUUGCCGCCGGUGAAGAGGACACUUUUACAAUUGAUCGAACUACACGCUGCUCAUUGGCAACUGCCGGCACCGGCGGUGGUUUAUUACUACCCUUCGAGCUCGAAGUGACCGCUAUCACCGGCACUCGCGGUCUCCGUCCGUCCUCCCGAGUGCGCGCGAGUACGGAAAUGUAUAAUCCACGCGAAAAUACGGCUGUACUUUAAGUAUUUGUACUGGAUCGAAGAGGUUAGGUUUCUUAAUAAAAGUGCUCGCCGGGCGCGCCAUUGCUUCUCGACGCACAAUAACGAACGCACGAACGAAAAUACGAUGAUGAUUUACGUUAUUUUUACGUUUUUCAACGACUACUAAUGGUUUUUGCGACGAUCUCGUGCCUUCGAAGUCUUGUUCACAGAUUAUUCUGUAUGCUGACGACAAUACGAAUAAACAAGUUCUUUUAUAGAAAGA